GGCAGAACAUAUAAUUUCCGGCAUUAUCAAUCCGAAACAACAAUUCCAUCUUUCAUCUCGUCAAAGACUUAUGGUUUCUUAUGGAACGUUCCCAGCAUGGGUCACGUAACCCUUGAUGAUAACAGAAUCCAAUGGGUCACGGAAUCAGCGAUGGUAAUUGACUAUGUUGUAUCCGUGGCUGAAAAGGGCGACUUCAGAACACUUGUGGAAACUCAUAGUUCACUAACGGGACGGGCUCCUUCUUUCCCACAGUAUGGUCGUGGUUAUAUUCAAUCCAAGACUGCAUACAUCAACCAAAAUGAAGUAUUACGUGUAGCGGAAGGAUUUAAGAAGCAUAAAAUCCCAGUGUCAAUGAUUCAGAUCGAUGCACCUCACUGGCGCGCUUUUGGCGACUUCGCAUUUGAUCGAUUGAAAUUUCCUGAUCCAGCCCUACUUGUGGAAACAGUUCGCAAAUCGACAAAUGGAGCACGCAUUAUUGCAAGUAUCUGGCCCCUUAUUGAACCCUCAUCUGAGAGUUGGCUUGAUUAUUUGUCUUCCGGUCUUGUUGCUGGAUCGACACAAGGCACUGGGGUAGUAGAGUUUUUCAAUGGGACAGCUAUGCAUCUACUUGACUACACAAAUCCUACCACCAGGAAUAAAACUUGGAGCAAGAUAAUGGAUAAUUAUUACAGAUUCGGAAUACGAGACUUCUUGCUGGAUUGUACAGAAGGAGGUGGCGUCGGAGAAGGCUUUUCAUUCAAAACCAUCACGAUGUAUCCUCUCCAAGUGGUACCUUAUUCACGUCCAAAGCUUACUUACUCAUUCGGUACUCAUUCUGAGAUUGGAGCAAUUUUUCCAUUCUAUGCUCAAAAAAUGAUCCACGACGGUAUGGCAACUCUGGGUAUAUUACCUGGAGAUAACGAGGAGGAUAAGGGAAUGUCAUUCUCUAGAAGUUCAUGGCUUGGAUCUCAACGGCUUUCCAGUGUCCUUUGGAAUGGUGAUGUUGAUGGAAGCUGGGAGGCAUUCCGUGCCCAGAUAACAACAGGCCUCAAUGUUCAACUUGCUGGAAUCACAUGGUGGGCUUCUGACAUUGGCGGCUACUACGCUCAAACAGAAUACCAUGGCAACAUAUCCGAUCCACGAUAUCAAGAGCUCUAUGGUCAAUGGUUGCAGUACGGAACAUUUAGCCCAGUGAUGAGAGCACACGGGCGGCGCAAGUGUCUUCCAAAAGACCAAGACGGAUUCGACUCUUGCCCCAACGAGCCUUGGUCCUUUGGAGAAGCCGUCUUUCCUCACAUCACGCGAUUCAUCCACCUGCGGUACACUAUGGACCUUUAUAUCAAAGCCUUGUUCAAAGAAGCUAGCAGGCUUGGGACUCCGCUCCAGAGGCCACUUUUCUUUGAUUUUGCCAUAGUCGAUCCGUAUACGAUCAUGUACGCUGAGGAGCUCAAAAAUCAAUUUAUGUUCGGGCCAAACUUGUUGGUUGCUCCUAUAACCGACCCAGGUCCUUCAGAGUGGAGAGUAUACUUGCCUAUUGACACAAUCCAGACGGAACAAAGCGACCACAGCGCCAAGACCACAGUGUGGAGAGAUUGGUGGUCAGAUGAAAUUCACUAUGGCGGGAACUUUGUUACACUGAACGUUUCCAUAGCCAGAAUGCCUCUCUUUUACCGAGGAAGUAGGAAAGACUUGUUGGCUGGAAAAAUCAUUGGUUGA